ACUUUCAUGGAAAGAACCUCAACUUCAUCUCCUAGGAAAAAGCAAACUCACUAUAUAAACCAAUUUCACGAUCACUUACUCAAAACUCAGUUUAGUGACAGUUGAAAGUUAGUUGAUCACUUCUUUUUUCCUCUGAUUAUGGAAAUGUUUGGAGAAAGUAGUUCAUCUUUGUCUAAUGAUGAUUCCAAUCUUUUGGAGUCAAUCCAAGAUUAUCUUCUUGCAGAUGAUUUUGAAACCCUAACAAAUACUUCACUGCAUACUUUUCUUGAAGAUGAUUUUGAAACCCUAACAAAUUCCUCACUGCAGACUUUUCUUGAAGAUUUUGAAACCCUAACAAAUUCUUCACUAAAUACUUCAUUACUUGAUGAUUCAAUUUCUUUUAAACUUGAAGAUUUGCUCCAGAAUAUUGAGGAGACACCAAUAUUUCCACCUAAUGAUCAUCUUCUUCAAGAAGCAGUCACCGGAGAAAAAAACACUCCGUCCGUAAAGAUCGAGGAAACUACAAUAUUGCCACGUAAUGAUCGUCGUCUUCAAGAAACAGUCACCGGGGAAAAAAGCGUGCAGUCCGUGGGUUUGAAAUAUAAAGGUGUAAGGAGGAGGCCGUGGGGGACAUACGCGGCGGAGAUUAGAGAUCCGAAGAGAUAUGGAGCUAGAAUUUGGCUGGGUACUUACAUGACACCGGAAGAUGCAGCUUUGGCUUAUGACAGAGCAGCUUUUAAAAUGCGUGGUUCAAAAGCUAAGCUGAAUUUUCCUCAUUUAAUUGGCUCAACUGAUUAUGAGCCGAUUAGAGUUACUAACAAGCGUAUCUCACCGGAACAAUCUUCUUCAUCGUCGAGUUCGUCGUCUUCGUUGGAUCCGCUGCAGGAUGAUGAUUCUCCAAGGUCCAACAAGAAAAUAAAAACAGUUAAUUUAAUAGCUAAUGCUGUAAAGAAAUGUUUACCAGUUUACUCAAAUCAUCAAUUACUAAUUUAGCAGAUUCAACUCUAA